CCGGUUGAUUUACUUUCGUAUGAAUGUUACGUAUACGAUCGACUUCGAAAAGCCGAUUUGGAGUAUAUGGAUGUGGUUGAUGGUGUGCCAAAGGUAGUCGUUCAUCAGAACAAGAUGUACACUCGACCUGGUGAUGACAUUAUCGUCGACUGUCAACUUCAAUCACAACCAUUGACCACCAAAUUGCAGUGGACCAAGAAUGAUGUGCCACUUGCUAUCGAUGAACGAAUCAGAAUCUUGGUAGGUUAG